AUGUCUACUUCUUCUUACGCUUUUGGACCUUACCAGAUCGAUCCGCGUGAAGUGUUCUACACAACUCCUUUCUCUUAUGCAAUGGUUAAUCUCCGUCCGCUUCUUCCUGCACAUGUUCUUGUCUGCCCAAGACGCCUUGUGCCGCGUUUUACUGAUCUCACAGCUGAUGAGACCAGUGAUCUAUGGCUUACUGCUCAGAAGGUUGGCUCUCGGCUUGAGACAUUCCAUAAUGCAUCUUCUCUCACAUUAGCCAUCCAAGAUGGGCCUCAAGCGGGACAGACUGUUCCCCAUGUACACAUUCACAUUUUGCCUCGUAAAGGUGGUGACUUUGAGAAGAAUGAUGAAAUCUAUGAUGCACUUGAUGAGAAGGAGAAGGAACUGAAACAGAAGCUUGAUCUAGAUAAAGACCGGGUUGAUAGGAGCCUUGAGGAGAUGGCUAACGAGGCUUCCCAAUACAGAUCUCUUUUCGAUCACUAG